CUUAGUUCUGACAAAUGAGAACCGCCGACUCAGCAGCGUGUUUGAAACUUUCUCCACGCCGACUGCGAGCUGCUAGCACCCGGCUGCUGAACUCAUGCGGUCCUCUUCGACUCCUGCCGUCAGCCCGAGGGACCCAGCAACAUGGCCAAAGUGACCAGCAGCGCCUCCGGUUGUCGAGCCAUGGUAAAGGCGGGGAGGUACCUGUCCGCCCCGUCUCUGACCCGGUGCCCCGGCGGUCAGCAGCGGCGGGACAAGCUCGGUCCGCAGCCGCGAACGAUGAGCGCCGACGCCGCCAGUGCGGGAGGAAACGCCGUGGCUUCGGCCCAGCGCGAGCGGCCGGGAAGUCUCGCCGCCUCCGGCAGACAAGCGCCGGCCAAGCGGAAUCUCAUUUACCGGGACGUGAAGGCGUUCCUUAACGAGGUCGGGGGAAACCCCCGGGAGGCCCGGUACUGGCUGACCCAGUUCCAGAGAGCGACUUCGGCUCAGUCUACUGCUUUUGCCGUUCUGGAGGUGGACAGCUCCGUGUUCACCAGCAGCGAAAUGGUCCACAGCCUGGCCUUCGGGCUCUCCUUCCUGCAGCGCAUGGACAUGAAGCCAGUGGUGGUGAUGGGCCGGGCCGCCGUCGAGGAGGUGGGCCCGACGGAGCCGCUGGCCGGGUCCCCGUGCGAGCGCGGGCUGGUGGAGCGGAGCCAGCAGCUGACGGAGGCUCUGCAGCAGCACUCGGCCUCCGUCCUGCCGCUGUUCUCCGCAGAGUCCGUCCUCCUCCUCCACGGAGCCUCGUGCGGGAGCAGCGCUCCGCCCUCGGUCGCCGUGGACACCGGCCUCCUGCAGUGGAGCCUGAACUGCGGGAUGAUCCCAGUAGUGUGCCCGGUGGGGAGGGACCAGCGGGGCUGCUCGGUGGCUCUGGACCAGACCGAGGUGACGGCCGCUCUCGCCCGGGCCCUGCAGCCCCACAAGGUCAUGUUCCUGAACAAGUCCGGAGGUCUCCGCAGCCGAGAGAACAAGGUGCUGGACAUAGUGUCGUUGCCCAGCGACCUGCCCGGUCUGUCCACGGCGGCGUGGCUGAGCGCCGCCGAGCGCCGCAGGGUGACGGCCAUCGCCAUGCUGCUCAAUCAGCUGCUGACCGAGUCCUCGGCGGUGAUCACCUCGGCGGACACGCUGCUGACCGAGCUGUUCAGCCACAGAGGGUCGGGGACGCUCUUUAAAAACGGAGAUCCCAUACACCGGUACAGCUCCCUGGACGGCGUGGAUUGCGAGCGUCUGUUGGCCCUCGUCAACGUGUCGUUUGACAAAACGCUGAGCCGCGACUACAUCGACUCCCUGAAGGGACGGCUGCACUCCAUCUAUCUCUCCGAAGGCUACAGCGCGGCGGCCAUCGUCACCAUGGAGCCGGUGAACAGCGGCACCCCCUACCUCGAUAAGUUUGUGGUGAGCAGCAGCAAGCAGGGUCAGGGCACCAGCCAUGUCCUAUGGGAAUGUAUCCGACAGGACCUGGGCAAGCUGUUCUGGAGGUCGAGAGCCACCAACAGGAUCAACCCCUGGUACUUCAAACAUUGUGAUGGCAGCUUCGUUAACGGCAUGUGGACCGUCUUCUGGUUCGGUCUCACCGACAUCCGAGAUUCCUACGAGCUGGUGGAGUACGCCAAGAAUCUCCCCGACUCCUUCCGCGCCUCCGGCGGGUCCUGAGCCUCAUUGACUCUCCUAUGAAUCUAUCAAUAGUGUUUCCUUAACUUUUGCUCUGAUUCUUUUUCUAGUUUGGACCGGUCUUUUUUCCCCUUGUUCUUCCUUUUAAUUACUUUGGUUUCAUACUUCUGGAACGUGGAGCUUUGAAUUAUCCUCUAUUCAGAUUACUUGGAUUAGCUCUAAAGUUCUAGUUGUUGUUUUUUUUGUGCCAAAAAACGGUUAUUCUGCUUCAUUUUAAGAACAUUUUAUUAUUAUUAUUAUUUAUUUAACAGCUCUGUCCACAGUGGAGGGAUCUCAACACUACCUACAUAUCAAAGACUGUGCGGCAUUACAAAGUGUUCCUCUCAUUUGGAAACACAAUCGGGGUGUUGUUUACAGGGGACUAUGUUUUAAUGGUGAUAUGUUUGCAUCUCAGACUUUUAAUACACAUCACUCAAACUUACACAUAGAAAGUGGAGCUCUUUUCUCAUUUAGUAUCACUGACAUGUUGGUGGCUCAUAAAUGAAAGGUUACAUGUACAGAUAGGAUUUUGCGGUCCAAACGUGUGGCUACGUUAUUCUAGUAGAAUCUGCUAGAAUGUUGUCUCACUAUACAGUUGUGGUCAAAAGUUUACAUACACUUGUAAAGAACAUAAUGUCAUGGCUCUCUUGAGUUUCCCGUUAUUUCUACAAGUCUGAUUUGUCUCUGAUAGAGUGAUUGGAACAGAUAGUUCUUUGUCACAAAAAACAUUCAUCAAGUUUGGUUCUUGUAUGACUUUAUAAUGGGUUAACAGAAAAAGCGACAAAAUCUGCUGUGUGAAAAAUAUACAUACAGCAACAUGAAUUAGAAGUUUUGGUGACUUAGAAAGUCAAUAACUUAAUGUGAGUGAUUAUGAGUGACUCCAGCUGGUGACUUCUCUAAGGCAGUGAUUCUCAACUUAAUGGGUUCCGGGCCUUUGCGUGGGAAAAUACAAUUUUGAAUUAAAAAAAAAAAUCAGAAAAAAAUUCAUCCUGUGCUUUUAUUUUGAAGGGACUUUUUUUAAUGCAGCGGAGUGUCGUCUUUUUUUGCCGGCUCGUCCGUCCAUGUUUUCAGCAGCGUGUGCCAGGUUGGGUCAAACCAUCCUGAUGUGGGAGAGACGUUGGGCUUUUUAGGAUAAUUAAACAUCCUGAAUAUAAAAUAUGAAAUUCAGCUUGUGAACUUGAUUUUGAAUAAAUUUGAGAAGUUGAGAAUGUUCCUUGAUAUGGGUCGUCAUUAAGGGGUGAUGGUGGGUCCCAGGAGCCAGACCAGUUGAGAACCACUGCUCUAAGGCCAUUUAAAUAGGGCUCAUUGGAUACAAACGCUACAGUGGCAAAGUCAAAGGAGCUCAGCAUGGAUCUGAAAAGGCAAAUAAUUGACUUGAACAAGUUCGGAAAGUCACUUGGAGACAUUUCAAAGCAGCUGCAGGUCCCAAGAGCAACAGUGCAAAUAAUUUUUUGUCAGUAUGAAGUGCGUGACACUGUAUUGACUCUGGGCGCUGAACACUUAUGCAUCCAACAGAUGUGAACUUUUUUGUUGUUGUUCAUAUUAUUAACAAAAGGUAUUUUGCACCUUCAAAGCGCUAUGCAUAUGUUGUGUUGAUCAUAUGGAAAAGUCUACUUGAAUUACAGUUUAACGAUACAAAAUGGGGAAAAAAAUCCAAGUGUGUUGAAUAUGUAUGCCAGGCACUCUAUUUAAAUACAAGAACGAAGCUUGUAUUCUUUUUUUUUUUUUCUAUUUUUUUUUUUUGCAGUAUCGAUAAAAUCCAAACUGUCACUUGCUGCAGCUUUUCCGGGCGCACCGGAGCGCACCUGAGCUGCCGCGGCUCGUUGGCGCAUCCUACGGGGAGUUAAGUAUCAGAACUGCCGGUGGCGCUCUGUGUUUCCCCAGAGAAGGAGGUCGUUCUCCCCCUGUGCUCCUUUUUGGAGAUGGUUUGGAUUUUCAACGCAGAACUAUGCCUGUGAUCAUUGAGCGUGAGUUUUUGUGAGCGCCCAUGGACUAAGGGAGUUUUUGGAGUUGCCUUCUUUAGUUCCCCC